GGGGGGGGAGAGGGAGGGAGAGGGGUCUCCGAUUGUUUGCAAAGAUCUGGCAAAAGUUUUUAAGCAGGAAAAGUGGGAGCUGCUGCAUGGAGCGGGAUGAGCCCGGCCUGGCUUCAGGGGAAGGCUUAAACCUGGUCCUGACUGGAAGCUCCCAGUUUCACCACCAGGGAAUGAAGCUGGAGGCUGUGAUGGAACACCUGCAGAGGCAGCAGCAGGCGAGGCUUCAGAUGGUGGGGAGGGAGAGGAAGGACCGCGAGAUCCGAGACGCUCACAUCUUCUACACUCAGCAGCUCGUAGCCCAGCAGGCAGGGCUGGUGCCUGCCGGAGCCAGGCCAUCGCUGGGAUCGCUGGUCACCGGGCUAGCAAGACCCUCGGCCUCUGCCUCUACCGUCCCGCGGGCCUCCGACAAGAGCAGCAUGGACUCCGAACCUGAGGAGGACGCUUUCGAGGGAGAGGAGCCCGCCAGCGAAGCUGAGGAGGAGGAGGAGGAGGGGGAUGAAGAGGAAGAGGAGACAGUGGCCAGAGGAGAGGCUGAUGAGGACAUGGAUGGGGAGGAAAGAGACAUGGACUACCUCAGGGGGAGGGCUGGUGCUGCGCUUCUCACCCCCAAACCCCCGCCACAGGCAAAUCGCCCGACCAGCGACCCCCAGUCCCCAUCACAGGGAAAUAGCCGGGCUCUUUCGCCAACUCACACUCACUCAAAGUCACCCUCCGGCCACUAUGAUUGGGGUUACGAAGAACAGUUCAAACAGAAUGGGAGUCUGGCCUGGAAUGAUGAUGCUGAUGGUGGACGAGCAAGAGAGGCGGCCAAAGACUUUGCAAAGCUUUACGAGCUUGACAACGACCCCAACCGGAAAGAGUUCUUGGACAACUUAUUUGCUUUUAUGCAGAAGAGAGGGACACCAGUGAACCGGAUUCCGAUCAUGGCCAAGCAAGUAUUAGACCUGUACAUGUUGUACAAGCUGGUCACAGAGAAAGGCGGCUUGGUGGAAGUCAUCAACAAAAAGAUUUGGAGGGAAAUCACGAAAGGCCUCAACUUACCUACCUCAAUUACCAGUGCGGCCUUUACGCUCAGGACACAAUAUAUGAAAUACCUCUACCCUUAUGAAUGUGAAAAAAAGUCCCUCAGUUCUCCUGCAGAGCUACAGGCAGCAAUCGACAGCAACAGGCGAGAGGGCCGAAGGCCGAGUUACAGCUCUGCCCUUUUCGGCUACCCCACGAGCUCAGGCCACACGCUAUUGUCCACACCCAAGCUUCAUCUGUCUGCUAUGAACAUUCCUGCCAUCAAUGGUACCCACCCCUCCCCGGGGAGGCAGGCCAUCAAGAAAGAAGAGGGAGCGGCGAGCUCUGGUUCAGUGCCAAACCGGAUCCACAUCCCAGUCAGCCUCGCCGGUCACCACUCCGCAGCUCAGGCCAUCACCCUGGAGCAGCUUAGGGAGAAGCUGGAGAGCGGGCAGCCGCCUGAGAAGAAGAUUGCCCGGUUUGCCGAGGAACAGCACAGGAUCAUGCAACAGGCCUUGCAGCAGAACCUGUUUGCCAUGGCAACCCAUAUGCCUAUGAACAUCAGGAUCAAUGGAAAAGAUGAUAGGCAGGAAAUUGCAUUGAACUUGUCAACCAAUGGCAUCAGCAGCAUCAACAUGUCAAUUGAAAUUAAUGGCACCGUUUAUACAGGAGUGCUGUUUGCUCAGCGACCAGCCAUGCAAGUGAUUGCCGGGCCAAGCAGCAGUAGCUCCGGCUCGCUGAGCACGUCAAGUCCUACCUCGGGCAAAGGUCACACCUCUGCAGAGCCUUCAACUAGCGGCUCCCCCUGAAGGUGGGCUUCUGCCACUGCAUCACAGAUGGACUCAUCCGGAUUGUAUUUUUCUAUAAUUAAGGCAGGGAAUUUUAAAAGAAAAAGAGAAUCAAAGGAUCGCACAAACCUUACCUCUCCAACUCAAGGAACCUAUGUGACAAUUUAUGUUAAAAGUUAGCGGCCAUUAAACACAUGAGUUAACUUGGAGAAUUCCAGGACUUGACCUAGCUUAGAGUGACAGUGUCCCUAUUGUUGGCUUGCGUCCACCCUUCAGACAUCAAAAGGGAAAUCUCAUCAUUCCUAAACCAAGCCGCCUCUUAGCACUAAGUUAAUCGUUGGGUUUCGGUCUUUCAGGCUUAAUGGAUUCUGGCUCAUAACUCGCACACUGUUAUCUACCAUUUUAUUUUGGUCUCGUAAAAAAUCAGGGAUGUUUUGAAAGACAGUAAGGAUCGUGCCCAUCAUUCCCCUAACUUUGGCAGCCUUUUAUUAUGUUUGGUUGUGCCUGUUAACCCUUUCACUCAUCUCUUAACCUCUCCAGUUAGAUCAGAGUGGGGGUACUUAACCAAAAAGUAACCAGCGCUUGUUUAAUUUCUGGGAAGGAGCUUUUUUUUUGUUUCAGUUUUGUUACUGAGGGUUGCGGCUAGUCAAAUAGCAGAAUAAAAGCUAGGUCUAGGGGUAUGUAUGGUAUGCGUGGGCAAGCGUGUUUAUAUAUGUGUGUGUGCAUGCGUGUGUAUAACUUUAGAGAUUUCCCUGCUGUGAAAACUGAGCAAUGAAAAAAAAAUCCUAAUAUUCGCGUUCUGGUUAGAUUUAUGUCUGGAAGCCUGUUCCCUUGGAAGCUACUCUUUCCUGAAUUCUACAUCCCACGCGCUGAGAGUGUUCAGAUCGGGAGAAGCGA